AAACCAGAAACAUGGCAACAAAGGAGAAGCUGCAGUGUUUGAAAGAUUUCCACAAGGACAUCCUCAAACCUUCCCCUGGCAAGAGCCCUGGGACACGCCCUGAGGACGAGGCAGAGGGGAAGCCGCCUCAACGGGAGAAGUGGGCGAGUAAGAUUGACUUUCUGCUGUCCGUGGCUGGUGGAUUUAUUGGUUUAGGCAAUGUCUGGCGGUUUCCGUAUCUCUGCUAUAAAAAUGGCGGAGGUGCAUUUCUUAUACCUUAUUUCAUUUUCCUGUUUGGGGGAGGUCUUCCUGUGUUUUUCCUGGAGGUGGCGCUAGGACAAUAUACCUCUGAAGGAGGAAUUACAUGCUGGGAAAAGAUCUGCCCUAUUUUCACUGGAAUCGGUUAUGCUUCCAUAGUGAUUGUGUCCCUUCUGAAUGUGUACUACAUCGUCAUCCUGGCUUGGGGAGUGUACUAUCUGUUCCAGUCAUUUCAGAGCGUCCUACCUUGGUCGCUUUGUGGUCAGAAGUGGAACACACCUACUUGCGUGGAAGACACUCUCAGGAAGAACAAAACACUGUGGUUGUCACUGAACAUUACGAACUUCACUUCGCCCGUCACAGAGUUUUGGGAGCGCAACGUACUGAGCUUGUCUACGGGGAUUGAAGAUGUCGGUGUUGUCAAGUGGGAUCUGGCACUGUGUCUUCUCUUUGUCUGGGUGAUAUGUUUCUUCUGCAUUUGGAAAGGCGUCAAGUCUACUGGGAAAGUUGUGUACUUCACCGCUACAUUCCCAUUCGUCAUGCUUAUUGUGCUGUUAAUCCGUGGUGUCACCCUGCCUGGAGCUGCAGAGGGCAUCAAAUUUUACCUUUACCCUGAUGUAUCACGGUUAGCAGAUCCACAGGUCUGGAUAGAUGCCGGGACACAAAUCUUCUUCUCGUAUGCAAUCUGCUUAGGAGCAAUGACAUCCCUGGGAAGCUACAACAAGUAUAAAUACAACUGUUACAGGGACUGUUUGCUGCUGGGAUGCCUGAACAGUGGUACCAGUUUUGUGUCUGGCUUCGCAAUUUUUUCCGUCCUGGGCUUCAUGGCACAAGAGCAAGGGGUGAACAUUGCUGAUGUGGCAGAGUCAGGUCCAGGCCUGGCCUUCAUUGCCUACCCAAAAGCUGUGACCAUGAUGCCGGCGCCUACUGUUUGGGCUAUCCUAUUCUUUAUUAUGCUUCUGUUGAUUGGACUGGAUAGCCAGUUUGUUGAAGUUGAAGGACAGAUCACGUCAUUAGUUGAUCUGUACCCAUCCUUCCUAAGGAAGGGUUACCGACGGGAAAUCUUCAUUGCUAUAGUGUGUUUCCUUAGCUAUCUUCUGGGACUAACUAUGGUGACUGAAGGUGGCAUGUAUGUGUUUCAACUCUUUGACUACUAUGCAGCUAGUGGUGUAUGCCUUUUGUGGGUUGCAUUCUUUGAAUGUGUUGCUGUAGCCUGGGUUUAUGGCGCUGAUAAUAUGUAUGAUGCCAUUGAAGAUAUGAUUGGAUACAGACCUGGUCCCUGGAUGAAAUGGAGCUGGAUUCUAAUCACACCACUUCUUUGCGUGGCAUGCUUUAUCUUUUCUCUGGUCAAGUAUACACCUCUGACCUACAACAAAGUUUACACAUACCCUGACUGGUCAAUCGGCGUGGGAUGGGUUCUUGCUCUUUCCUCCAUGAUCUGCAUCCCAUUGGUGAUGGUCAUCCGCAUUGUACAGUCGGAUGGCUCACUUAUUGAGAGAAUAAAAACAGUGGCUGCCCCUAGGGAAGUGAGUCGGUGGGCCAAAGAAAUGGAAAGCACCACCUCAUUCUGCCCCAAUGGAACUCCUAAUGGUGGAUUGAUUAAGCCAACUCACGUCAUUGUGGAGACUAUGAUGUGAGCUCUCUCUGUGAGAGGAUAAACCUGCUUUAACUGCCAUUUACUAACCAUAGAUUCUCAUAGGACC